CAGCCAGCAGCGGGAAAAAACAAAUAAAUACAUUGCCACAAAAUAAAAAUUAAAAGGAAAAAAAAAAAAAAACGAACCAACCGAAACCGGGAAAGCCAGCAGCCCCGGCAACAGCAGCAGCAGCACCGCCACCACCAGCCCGCAGCGCUCGCCCGCCGCCGCCGGCCCGCGGGAACAACCGGCCGCCGCCAAGAGCUCCGGGACGCCCCGCCGCCCACCAGAUAGAUGUGCGGUCCCGCCGUCCGCACGGCCGACGAUGAACGCGCAGCUGGCGAUGGAGAACAUCGGCGAUCUGCACGGGGUGAGCCAUGAGCCGGUGCCCGCCGCCGCCGACCUGAUGAGCGGCAGCCCCCACCACCGGAGCGCGGUGGCCCACCGCGGCAGCCACCUGCCGGCCCACCCGCGCUCCAUGGGCAUGGCGUCCAUCCUCGACGGCGGCGACUACCACCACCACCACCGGCCGCCCGAGCACGCGCUGACCGGCCCCCUGCACCCCACCAUGACCAUGGCCUGCGAGACACCCCCCGGCAUGAGCAUGAGCAGCACCUACACCACGUUAACCCCUCUGCAGCCUCUACCUCCCAUCUCGACGGUCUCGGACAAGUUCCCUCACCACCACCACCAUCAUCACCACCAUCACCAUCCCCACCAGCGGAUACCGGGCAACGUGAGCGGCAGCUUCACGCUCAUGCGGGACGAGAGGGGUCUGGCGUCUAUGAACAAUCUCUACACCCCCUACCACAAGGAUGUUACCGGCAUGGGGCAGAGCCUCUCUCCGUUGUCUGGAUCGGGCCUGGGGAGCAUCCACAACUCCCAGCAAGGGCUGCCCCACUACGCUCAUCCCAGUGCCACCAUGCCCGCCGAGAAAAUGCUCACCCCAAACGGAUUUGAAGCCCACCACCCUGCCAUGUUAGCCAGGCAUGGCGACCAACACCUCACCCCCACCUCCGCUGGCAUGGUGCCUAUCAACGGGAUCCCACACCACCCCCAUGCCCACCUGAAUGCUCAGAGCCACGGGCAGAUCCUGGGCUCUGCCAGGGAGCAAAACCCUUCUGUAACUGGUUCGCAGGUCAACAGUGGAAGUAAUUCAGGGCAAAUGGAAGAAAUCAAUACCAAAGAAGUAGCUCAGAGGAUCACCACCGAGCUCAAGCGGUACAGCAUCCCCCAGGCUAUCUUCGCCCAGAGGGUGCUGUGCCGCUCUCAAGGGACGCUCUCAGAUCUGCUGAGGAACCCCAAGCCCUGGAGCAAGCUCAAAUCCGGCCGGGAGACCUUCCGCAGAAUGUGGAAGUGGCUCCAGGAGCCGGAGUUUCAGCGGAUGUCUGCUCUGCGGCUUGCAGCAUGCAAGAGGAAAGAACAAGAGCACGGCAAGGAUAGAGGGAAUACGCCCAAAAAGCCUCGGCUGGUCUUCACCGAUGUCCAGCGUCGAACUCUACAUGCAAUAUUCAAGGAAAAUAAGCGUCCGUCCAAAGAAUUACAAAUCACCAUUUCCCAGCAGCUCGGGUUGGAGCUGAGCACCGUCAGCAACUUUUUCAUGAAUGCACGGAGGAGGAGUCUGGAUAAGUGGCAAGACGAGGGCAGCUCCAAUUCAGGCAACUCAUCUUCUUCAUCAAGCACUUGUACCAAAGCAUGAAGGAAUAACCACGAACUGAAACCUCGGUGGAAAAGCUUUAAAAAUAAAUAAAUAAAUAAAUAAAGACAGACCAGGACCUCAAAA